AUGGAAAACACAAACGUAAUCGCCUGGCUGCUCCCCUCCAGCACCAACCUGCCCGCCAUGGAGGCCGUCCGCAUUCCCCAGAACGCCGCCAGGAGGGUCGAAGCCGUACCCUCGUCCUACGACCCCGUCGUCCAGACCCCGAACCCGGACGCCGCCCCCUCCACGCCCACCAUCGAUCCGUCCGUCCUCACCAGGACCUCAUCCCCGUCCGGAAACCCCCGUCCGGCGCUCGAGCUGUCCUUCACCAGCCCCCCUAGGAACCACGUCGGCUUCGUCCUCGGCACCGACCCCGACGUCUGCGACGUCGUCCUCCCGCCCCUGGUCGGCAUCAGCCCCGUCCACUGCCACAUCACCUUCGACGCCGACAGGCGCCUCGUCCUCCGCGACACCUCCGAAGCAGGCACCGCCGUCUGGUACGACGGCGCCAGCUCCGGCGACCGCCGCCGCGAGUCCUGGGCCCUGAGUGCCGGCUGCACCUACGCCUUCCCCGCCAUGGUCGACCGCGUCGUCGUCGACAUCCAGACCGUGCGCUUCCAGGUCCUCGUCAACGAGUCCCACAUGCUGCGGCCCGACGCCUACCGGGACAGCGUCGACGCCUUCAUGGCCAGCCUCGCGAGCGGCUGCAGCGUCGUCGAGGAGGGGGGGGAGGGCCUCGUUGACGAGGAGGAGGAGGGGGGCCUCGUCGACGGCGUCGCCAAGAGCAUCGUAGGGAAGCUGCCCGUCGUCACGCAGCGGGACGACGAACUGUGCGACUUUUACUACAACUUCGACUUCGACCUCGGCUUCGGCCUGACCUACGGCGACCACUACGACUACGGCUACGACUUGGACUACGACAUGUUGGACGACGACGACGCCGUCGACGACGUCGAUGACUGCGACAGGAUAGACUUCCUCCCGUCCGUCCCGUCCGUUGUCCCGCCCGUGUACGUCAAGUACCUCCUCACCUCGGACGACGGCGCGCCGCCCGAGACCUACCUCUGGAACACGACGCGGCCCUGGGAGCCGAUGAUCAAGGUCGCUUGCUGA